AUGGGAUUUGCGGUGAGUUACCAGUCGAUGAUGUUGGUAAAAGAGUCCACCUUUUCGGGUGGGUUGCUCUUCACCGAGUCCAUGGAGGUCUCACCUUCCUUAAUAUUUGAGAUCAUACCGGCAAUGUCCAGUUUUGUAAUUAUAUGUUUGGACGUUCCAGAUGAGUUUCCUGAGGCUCAUGGCUUGGUAGUUACAGAGCAUGUUGAAAUAUUGAAUCCUGUGAGGUCAAAGCUUCCCUUUCCGAAUGAAACUCCAAUACUCUCUAGAUCAACUUCGAAAGGCGCAUGA